AUGAGGCAUACCACCAGGGUUUCCUGCAAAUGGACGGCAGUCUUUGCCCUGCUGAGCUCGCUGUUGUUGCUUGUCACGCCUGCUGUGGCCGUCAAAGAACAUGACUUCAAAAAGUGCCACCAAUCUGGCUUCUGUCAGCGGAAUCGAGCAUACGCCGACAUCGCGGCGGCCCAAUCGUCGACGUGGGCAUCCCCAUACAACAUCAUUCACGACUCCGUCUCGUUCGACAACGGCCAGCUAAAGGCUACAAUUCUCAAGACAAUCAACCCAAACGGAGACACCGAGCGUUUCCCUCUCACCAUUUCCUUCCACAAGUCUGGCACUGCGCGGGUCGCGGUGGACGAAGAGAAGAGGCAGAACAAGGACAUUACGUUGCGACAUGACAGCCAGGCGCGCAAGGAGCGAUACAAUGAGGCCGGGAGCUGGGUUCUCGUAGGAGGGGUAGAGCUCGACCCCGAGGCGAAGCUCUCACACCAAGAUGAGCAGCAGGUCAACAUCAACUACGGCCCUGGUUCCAAAUACGAAGCUGUCGUGAGACUGUCGCCUUUCGAGGUUGACUUUCGGCGAGACGGCGCGUCUCAAGUGAAAUUCAACGACCGUGGCCUGUUCAACAUGGAGCACUGGAGGCCAAAGGUCGACAACCCCGAGCCCAAGGAGGGUGAAGACGAUCAGAGCACCUGGUGGGACGAGAAGUUUGGUGGCAACACCGACUCUAAGCCCCGUGGGCCGGAGAGUGUCGCACUCGACAUUUCGUUUCCUGGAUACGAGCACGUCUACGGUAUUCCCGAGCAUACAGGGUCUCUCUCGUUGAAGCAGACGCGAGGAGGCGAGGGCAACCACGAGGACCCGUACCGCCUUUUCAAUUCGGAUGUCUUCGAGUACGUCUUAGACAGCCCGAUGACUCUAUAUGGCGCUAUCCCAUUCAUGCAAGCUCACCGCAAGGGCUCCACUGUGGGCGUGUUCUGGCUGAACGCAGCCGAGACGUGGAUUGAUAUCAUCAAGAGCAAGGACAGCACCAAUCCCUUGAGCCUGGGAAAGGGCAAGACUUCGACACAUACUCAUUGGAUGUCCGAGUCAGGCAUUCUCGACGUAUUCGUGUUCCUUGGCCCAACGCCGCGAGACUUGACAACGCAAUACGGCGAGCUGACGGGUUACACUGCGAUGCCACAAGAGUUUGCCGUGGCCUACCAUCAGUGCCGCUGGAAUUACAUCUCCGAUGACGAUGUCAAGGACGUUGAUCGCAGGUUUGACAAGUUCAAAAUCCCUUACGAUGUCAUCUGGCUUGAUCUGGAGUACACCGACGACCGAAAGUACUUCACCUGGCAACCUGACAUGUUUGCCGAUCCGAUCAGCAUGGGAGAGCAGCUCGCUUCUCACGGGCGUAACCUAGUCGUGCUCAUUGACCCCCACAUCAAGAAGGUUGACGGCUGGGCCCCUUCCAAGGAGCUGAUUGCUCAGAAGCUUGCGGUCAAUAACAAGGACAACGAGCUGUAUGAGGGUUGGUGCUGGCCUGGAGCCUCCAACUGGAUCGACUGUUUCAACCCCAAGGCAAUCGAGUGGUGGAAGACCCUGUUCCAGUACAGCUCUUUCAAAGGCACCAUGGAAAACACCUUUAUCUGGAACGAUAUGAAUGAGCCUUCCGUCUUCAAUGGACCGGAGGCCAGCAUGCCCCGCGACAACAUGCACUUUGGUGGCUGGGAGCACCGCGACAUUCACAACCUCAAUGGCUUGACCUUCCACAAUGCUACUUUCCAGGGCAUGCUGUCGCGCAAAAAGGGUGAACUGCGUCGCCCGUUUAUUCUGACGCGCUCCUUCUACUCUGGAAGCCAGAGGCUUGGCGCCAUGUGGACUGGUGAUAACCAGGCCGAGUGGGGUCACCUCGAGGCUUCUCUUCCCAUGGUGCUCAACCAGGGUAUUGCCGGAUUCCCCUUUGCUGGCGCUGACGUUGGCGGAUUCUUUGGGAACCCGGAGAAGGACCUGCUUACGCGCUGGUACCAGACUGGCAUUUUCUACCCCUUUUUCCGAGCCCACACUCACAUUGACUCGCGCCGUCGUGAGCCGUACUUGCUCGGGGAGCCUUACACUGAGAUCGUCACCCAAGCGAUCCGCCUCCGAUAUGCCCUGUUGCCUGCUUGGUACACCGCAUUCUACCAGGCGAAUGUCGAUGGCAGCCCCAUUGUGCGACCCAUGUUCUGGACACACCCGGAUGAGGAGGCUGGCUUUGCCAUUGACGACCAGCUUUUCGUCGGCUCUACGGGUCUGCUUGCCAAACCCAUUGUCCAGCAAGGCAAAGAAUCCACGGAUAUCUGGAUCCCGGAUGACGAAGUGUACUACGAUUACUUCUCGUAUGAAGUCAAGAAGACACAGAAGGGCAAGCACCUGACCGUUGCCGCGCCCUUGGAUUCGAUCCCACUCCUGAUGCGUGGCGGACACGUUAUUCCUCGCCGCGACAUCCCCCGCCGCUCAGCUGCCAUGAUGCGCUUCGACGACUACACACUGGUCGCGACGGUGUCCAAGGCGGGCGCCGCCGAGGGUGAGCUGUACGUGGAUGACGGUGACAGUUUCGACUACGAGCAUGGGCAGUACAUUCACCGCACAUUCGCCCUGCAGGACGGCGUGUUCACAUCGACCGAUGCCGAAGGUCGUGACACCAAAGCUAUCAAGGCUGGCACCUGGCUGCAACAGAUGGAGAACGUCAAGGUCGACAAGAUUGUCAUUGUGGGCGCGCCUGCGUCUUGGGACACUGCGGAGGCUCUGGUGCAAUCUGAGGGGGAGUCGUGGACCACGUCUAUGCAGUAUUACAAGGCGGACAAUGGUCGAGCGGCGUUUGUGACCAUUGGGCGUGUGGGUGCACGCAUCGAUCACGACUUUACGGUCAAGCCGAACCUUUGA